UGAGGGUCAAAAAGCAAAGUACACAUUAAAGGCAAUUGGCCUGCACGGCCUGCAUCAUUAUGCAGUUAGACCACUAACCGACAAAAAGCUGGAUAAUCGCACAGUUUUCAUAGAUGAAGAAUCUAAAGAAUUCAAGAAACCUUGAUCAAUACUAAAAACCGCUAUCAAAAAUUAAUAAUUCAUACUUGUCAAGCUUCUGUGGUCGUGCGGUGUCUUGUCCUAAGAGGUGGUUUUUUUAUAGAACCACAAAUUUGUGUAUUAAACGGGCCAAGCUAAGACAUGGGACUGGCAGAGAAACUGAAACACACUGUUUGUAGUGAAGUUGACAAAAGGCUUGCUGAGCUGAAUGACAUAAGUGAAAAGAUAUGGAAAAACCCUGAGCUUUGUUUUGAAGAGAUUUAUGCUCAUGAUUUGCUUACAGAUAUUUUGGAAAAAGAAGGCUUCCUUGUGUCCAGGAAGACCCCUAUACCAACUGCAUUCACUGCAGUUUAUAAAAAUGGUGAUGGUAUCAAUGCUGGUAUUGUUGUAGAGUAUGAUGCACUUCCUGGCAUUGGGCAUGCAUGUGGACAUAACCUAAUUUCAGAAGCAGGCAUUGGUGCUGCACUUGGAAUCAAAGCAGCACUCAUGUCUGGUGAGAUAAGUGGCCAGUUAACUGUAUUUGGCACACCUGCAGAGGAAGGUGGAGGGGGGAAAUGCAUCAUGAUACAGCAUGGAUGUUUUGACGAUGUUGAUUUUUGUAUUAUGGCUCACCCAUAUGUUGAGGAUAUUAUCUACCACCCAGAGCUAGCAUUUGAACAUAUCCAGAUAACAUAUCAUGGAAAAGCAUCACAUGCAUCAGUUGCACCAUGGCUAGGUUUAAAUGCACUGGAUGCUGUCGUUCAAUGUUAUAAUAACGUGAGCAUGAUGAGACAACAAAUGCUACCUGAGUGCAGAGUCCAUGGAAUAAUAACAAAAGGAGGCGAAAAGCCUAACAUUAUUCCUCAGCUCUGCCAACUUGAGUACUUUGUACGAGGUACUACAGAUGAACAAAGAGAUGAACUGAAGAAGAAAGUCCUUGCAUGUGCUCAGGCUGCAUCAGUUUCAACAGGUUGCAAGAUGGAACAAAAAACUCUUGGCCACCCGUAUUCAAACAUGCUGAUAAACAACUGCCUUGCAAAGCUGUUUGAGCAAAAUGGCCUAAAACUGGACAUGCACUUCAAGGAAAAUCCUCCAAAUAUGGUUGGCUCAACAGAUAUGGGCAAUGUUUCCCAUUUGAAGCCCUCUAUACAUCCGAUGUUCAAGAUACCUACAGCUGGUGCAAACCAUACGGUUGCGUUCACUGAAGCUGCAAUCAAACCAGAGGCCCAAGACCCAACAAUCAAGAUAGCCAAAUGUAUGGCAAUGACGGCAAUCGAUGUUCUUUGCGACAGAAAGAUACUGGAUGCAGUAAAUCAAGAUUUUCAAAAUAAUUCAUAACGAUUUUAGAUUUGUGUAAUGCAUUAUUUAUACUAACUUUUUAGUGUUUUUAACCAUGUGAAAAUUGAGAUAGAAUCUUUUUUAAUGUAGAAUUCAUGUCUUGA